AUGGAAGCAACAAGCAGAAAUGAAGGGCACAAGCACCAAGCUCUUACUGUGAACAUUCUCUGGCAACUGUGGAAAGCUCGAAAUGACAAGGUCUUUAACAACAAGUGCAGGACUCCUUUUGACAUUGUACAGAAAGCCCAUCUAGAAUGGAUAGAGUACACUGAAGUGAAAAGUAGGGAGAAGCGGGUGAGCAGCCAGGAAACAUCAGCUAGUGAUGAAGAGGGACCGUGCGACUUUAUACACAGCAAUAAGAUGACAAUUGAAGUGGAGGUGAGCCAGCUGAAGGAAAGCAAAAUUGUUGGCAUUGGCAUAGUGGCAACAAAAGACACCAAUGUGCAUGCUGCAUGGGCCAUGCGAGAGAGAAGUACAGGUGACUUUUUACUGGAUUAUUCUGCUGCACUUAAGUUAUCAUUGUGCAAAAUUAGACAAAAGCCUUGGCCAGAUGUUAAUCUACUAGUUUCAUCCGCUCACUUGUUACGAAUGCUGCGAACUCACAACACACAAGACAUCAGACUUUUUGCUCAACUAGAAGAUAUUCACAUGCUCAAAGCUUUGUUUAUGAACUGCUCAUUCGGCUUGGUUGAAAACCAGGGUAAUAGAUUAGGGAGAACAAUUAGCAAGUAUGCUACUACAUUAGUACAAGAUGAGGAAUAUCUAAGUCCUCUGUGUCAAGCAACACAAUUGUAA